GACUAUGGGUGAAUAAACGAUAACUGGGGACCAUUGUGUUCUUCUUUUCAGAUGAAGACGAAGCCGUUCUUUAGCUUUUAGCCGAAGAAGACUCAAUGUCUUCUCUGUGGUCGAACAUGGUCCUUUCUUCUCCAAAUCUUUCCCAUUUCGUCCACGAUUUCUGGGUCCAUGGCAAGUUUGCACCUUGGAGCUGCUUCGUUGAUCAAUGAAUCUUGGGUCGUAUUCGGGUCCUCCUUGAAAUUACGGAUUGGCUUCAGAAGUAAACGGUUUAGACGAGUUGCAGAGAGAUGGAUGUUUCGUGUUCAACAGAUGUCAGUAAAGGAUCAGAUGACCAAACAGGAACUGGCUCGUUCUGCUAAAAGAAGCGAGUCCUUGAGAUAUAUUCUGAAGCAAUAUGGAUUAUCAGUCGAAAACCCUGAAGAAAAGAGUAGACUUGAUGACCUUAAUUGUGAAGAGAAGCGCGACGCUGUUCCUUCUUCUGUGAUAGAUGACUCUAAAAUGAAAACAACUGAGGAGUUACCUGAUUUACGCCGGGAAGAGAAAUACCUUGAAACCGUGAGCACUGUAGACAGUCUUUCAGGGCACAAACACCAUAAAUUUCCUCAUUUAAACACAGGUGCUAUGUUCACUUCUCUGCUUCCUGUUCUCGGGUUCUGCAUCGUAUGCAUCAUUGGGACACUACACACGAUAAUCUCCAGAAAAACAUCACGAGGUCAGUAUAAUGGCUCCAAAAGAACAAGGUGGAGAACAGCAUUGAGUGAUAGGGACGAGCCGCUUGCUUCUGAUGAACAUGAUUCGUCGCCGGAAUACAGAGUCGAUUCAUCUAAUCAGGAAGCUACAGAUCAUGAAGUGAAUGAAGCAUAUAGCAGAGUAGAGCUUGAGUACAAGAUAUUUCUGUUGGAAUGUGGAGUUAGUGAAUCUUGCAAGUAGUUCUUGACUAAUGAUCAUGGCUGCUUCCGAGGCUGUAAGAACAAUGCAUGUAUUUACCAGAUAAGACUUUUGUUUUGUAAUUGUGAAUAUAAAGGUUUAAUAUGAUCGAUUUCAUUUGGAUUACAUCAA